ACGAGAGCAGAACACAAAACCUCGCGCUUCGAAAGAAGUCUCUCUGUUCUCCGACCGAAACCCCCGCAAAAAGUUUCGCCCUUUGCUGCUGAUUCUCGCGUCUGAGUCCGAUUUCUUGUUCAAGGUCGGAACUUUCAUGGGAUUCUGCCCUCUGCGGUUCAGGAAAAUCCAAGUGAGAGAGCACCCACCAAAGAAAGGAAGCCCCUGAAUUCGAAAGGCAUCGACUUCCAAUCCAGUAUGGAAAAUAAAGCAUCAAGUUUUGUUGAUCGCCAAGUUGUACCGGGAGACUUGGUUCUUGAUCUGUCGAAAAUUUCUAAUCAGACUGUUAAGAUCGGUGGCGGCCUUCGUCAGGAAUCUGACUUUAUUACAGUCAUGAAGGCUGGGAAACUAAGAUUCUCGAAACCAAAUAAAUACUGGGUUGAAAGCUCUCAAAAGAGGUAUGUACCUUGUGUGGAAGACACUGUCCUUGGAAUCGUGGUCGACACUAAAGCAGAUAACUUCCUUGUUGACAUCAAAGGACCGGCAUUGGCCUUUUUGCCUGUGCUUGCCUUCGAAGGAGGAACUAGAAGAAACAUACCGAAGUUUGAGCAAGGGACUUUGCUUUAUGCGCGGGUUGCAAAAGCAAAUCCUGGUACUAAUCCGGAGCUUUCAUGUACUGAUGCAAGCGGGAAAGCAGCAGAAUUUGGACCCCUGAAAGAUGGUUACUCGUUUGAGUGUUCAACUGGUCUAUCAAGGAUGCUGCUCAGUUCGCCGACCUGUCCAGUACUUGAGGAAUUUGGCAAGAAGUUAUCUUUCGAGAUAGCAGUUGGCUUGAAUGGCCGGGUCUGGGUAAAUGCGGCAUCUCCAUCUACCAUAAUUGUUGUUUCGAAUGCGAUUAUGAAGUCGGAGUCCUUGAGUGGGGUGCAGCAGAGAAUUAUGGUCCAGAAGCUGCUCGAUAGAAUUCAAUGAUCUGUUUUUUAUUCAUACAAGUUGUUUUAUCCCUGCCUUGCCAAGCCCGUGUAUGUCCUCGCGAGCUGAUAGAGAGUGCAAAUGAAGGUACAAGGUGAAGAUUGCCAUUGCAAUCCAGCUAUUUACGCUCGUGCAGGAACUUGUAGUGAAAUUCAUUAACCUUUGAUUUAUAGAUGGGGCCAAUUUGACAGUUUUCUUUCCC